AAAAAUUCAAUAAAAAAUUGUAAACAGUAAUGGCUUCGGCAAGAGUCUGUUUGCAAUGGACUUUAAUACUCUUCAAUACUUUUAGUGUGAUUAUCGGAAUUUUAGCUAUAGUGGCUGGCGUCUAUGAAUUGGAGAAGUUCACUGAUGGUUCAGCUGAGCACACCGAAAAAAUAGUUCAACUAGCAGCUGCCAGCGUUUUGGUAAUCUCAGCGUUUAUAGGUUGUUGCGGUGCGGUAAAUGGCUCCAUUAAGAUUCUUUGUUUGUUCAUUGUUAUAUUAGUGGGGCUUAUAGCUUCACAUAUUUGGAAAUUAUGGCGCUAUGAUGAAGGAAAGCAGUUAACCGCUACAGAAAUGUUGGUUACAUAUACUUGGAUAGCAGAAUUGGUUAAGCCAGGUGCUAUGAUCGAAAUGCAAGCAACGUAUGAGUGCUGCGGUAAAAAGAGUUAUGUCGAUUACACAAGUCUGGGUUUGGAACUACCAAGAAGUUGCUUCCGAGUGCAGAAUGGAAUGCGUGCAGUAUAUCCCUUCGGCGAGGGCUGCAUGUCAGCCGUAAAGAAAGCCUAUUUAACAAUAUAUCGCUAUGAGCGAUUAGCUCAUUGGUCUCUCAUAGGCUUUGAGGUAUUAGGCAUUUUAUUAUCAAUUAUAUUAAUUUGUAAACUGACAGCAAAAACAAGGAGGUAUCGCUAUUAAUUUAUAACAUUUAUAUA